UUCGUAAUUCACGAAGACUUACUUUGUUCUAGCUCUGGCCACUUCAAGAAGCUCUUCCAACAAAACCGUAAAGCCAUCGAAGGGGAAUGUCCGAUAUGUAUUGAAGAUCUAUCUGGCUUCUUACCACUCUGCUAUUGCAGAAGCUGUGGACAAAACUUUCACAUGAAGUGUCUUGACGACUGGCUGCAGCGAAAAGCAACAUGUCCAGUGUGCCAUGUAGACAAACCGAUAACCAUUGACUUAGUGCAGAGUAGACUCUGGGAUGCUGCCAAUAGUGAACCUUGGGAUGCGUAUAUGCAGUGGUUGUAUACCGGAGUUAUUACAGUCCAUCUCAAAGACCUCGGCGGCGACGACAGCGCUAAAUACUGUCAGCUACUAAUGGAGUCAUAUGAGCUCGGCGAAAGACUCGAGGAUGAAUUAUUCCAAAAAGUAGUGCUAAAGGAGAUCGUCGUGGACGUCAUGAUAUCUUCAUAUGCAAUCAGCUAUCACAAUAUCGGACAGGUGUACCAGCUCACGAAUGGGGCUUCGACACUUCGCAAAGUAAUGGUUGAUCUGUACAUUGCCCAGGCAGACUCAACUAAGCUGGAUUUGAAAUAUCCUCAACAGUUUAUCCUGGAUAUUGCGCGGGCUUUGCUGGCGCGGCAGACGAAACAGAAUAUGGGUUCAGAAAAGAUGUUGGCAGGAGACAGCUCGGAAGAAGAAGAAGAUAAUGAUGAGAGUUCGGAAGAUGAAGAUGAAGAAGAUGAGAGCUCGGAUGAUGAAGAUGAACUAACAUAUGACUUCAGAAAUGGAGAUAGAUCGUAUGAACCAGGAGAGACGGAGGCGGAGGCGGAGGAGGACGAGGACGAGGACGAGGAAAGAUAA